AUGUUUCCCCGUUACGCGUGCUCCGGGUCCUGCGACACAUUGCACCAUCUGCGCCGAGUGUCACAGUUCCGACGUGCCCAGAAAAGUCGACCAAAGUUGGGGUGUUCGCCGCAACGCAUCCUCGACAACUUUACCUCUUCAAAACAAGUCAAGGGUUCCCCCGUUAACAAGUCUUGCGAAGAAAGGUCAGAGAAACGAUCGCCACACAAGUGGAAGCGAUGCGUGUCCUGCCUCAGCUGCGUCUUCCAUUUGCGUACCAGCGAGCGUGUCAGGGAGGAGCGAAGGUCAAUGAUCCAGACUGGAUUUACCCUCGACGAGGUGUCUGCACCCGUAGUAGCCGCUUCCACCGCAACUGUGUUGGCAGCCUCGUUAGGAGGCACCCCCACAUGUGCGUACACAAACUGUAGGUGCAUUUGCCAACCUUUUGCCGCCAGGGACAACAGACAAGACCAAACUUCACUCUCAACCCUCGAGCGCUGGAGCAAUGGACCGGUACCUAGAGCUGCCAGUAGAGACUGA